UAUAGCAUCACAGUGAAAGACAGUCUCACACAGAACCAAGGACACAACGACAGUCUCACAAAAGAGUUUCUAGGACGGAAAAUCUGACCUAAUCAUGAUGAGGACCUUCCAACUCCCCACAAUAAUGCUUCCGAAGAAAAGUAAAGGUGAAGCAGAUGCAGAUUCAGAAUGCACUACCGUGGUUGAACAACAAUCUGAGGCGAAAUACCAAAAUUAUAUAAAAAUUCCAAACAUAUUGAAAAAAAUUUAUGAUAAUUACCAGAGAAACGCAAAGGUACCGGAUACUCCAGGUGAAGCAGACGCUGAGUCUGAAUGCACUACCCUGGUUGAACAACAAUCUGAGGCGAAAUACCAAAAUUAUAUAAAAAUUCCAAACAUAUUGAAAAAAAUUUAUGAUAAUUACCAGAGAAACGCAAAGGUACCGGAUACUCCAGAUGCCUCAGUAAUCUUGGAUUUCAACCAGAAUGUAGAACAGAAUCAUUUGUCAGAAGCUAGCCAACAACUUUUAGCACAGGAAGAUCACCUCUUCAGACGCCAGUCAUCAGAUGCGGAAGUGACUUGCACUGAGGAUGAGGAGGACAGUUUGCAGAAGAACUACGAAACCUUGAUGCUUCAUCUAAGAAUGGCUGUCAAUGAUUCCUUUAACAAGGAGAAUCAGGAGAAACUGAGAAGUGCUGUGAAGGUUAUACAUCAGCAGGAGGAACAAGACAGGCAUUGGGAGAAAGCAACGGAAGAGAAAAGUCCAUGCUGGAGGCCGCUAAGAUGCAAAGAGAUUCAUGACAUGUUACUCAAGGAGUUAAUCGAGGUACGGCUACAGCAAGCAAACAAAGAAGAGAACGGGGCAGACAACCUGUCCACUUCCCUGAAGAGAGAGGUGUGUCGGAUGGGCAAGCGCAUUCAAAAUGAUCUACUCCAAGUUGUCCAAAACGUGCAGCAGUGUUAUACAUCAGACUUUGACAUUUGCAAUGUGUAUGUUCAGCUCUACCAUCAAGCUUUCUCUGCAAAACUGUCUGAGUUUGCUCAAACCAACUUAGACAUCCAAGACUGCACCUACAUACUAUGCUGGAUUCAUGGUUACUAUCCAAAGGAUGUUUUGAAGCAGAAUGAGCUGGAGCCACACAUCAAGACUGAAUCAUUAGGAGCUUUGUUAACUGAGGAAGUGCGUAAGGCACUAGAGGAGCAAUAUCUGUCACACAAAGAGAUUGAGGUCAGGACAUGGUUGUCCAACGCUCUUAAAAAAGAGGAGGAAAUUUGGCAGAUGAGUAAUAAACCUGAGCUCAUUGAUGGGUGCCACAUCUCCAACCUUGCUUUGGAUGUUAUUCCUAUUAUUAACGGAUCCAUGAAGGAGACGGUGGAUAUUCUGGUUAACAGAGAUAAUGCUCAAAGAAUUCUGGUUCUGAUGGAAAGUUUCCUAAUGAGCUAUAAGAAAUCCUUGACUGAUCUUAAAGGAAGGCACAUCAGUCUCCCAGACAUCCUGAAAGCCAGUCUGGUUAGCAUCAAGCAGUUUCGGGAGUAUAUCGAGAAACAAGAGAAUCUCCCAGAUGACAAGAAAGCAGCCUUGCUGUCCAUUGUCUCAGAGAUGAGAAACUUCUGUCACAGUUAUUUUCUCAGCCCCAUUCACAAGAAGCUCAAGGAGCAGUAUCGUAAGCUGUGGACUCAAGCCUGGCUUUCAGAAAGUCAAACGAUUGUUGGAGAGCUGAUAAGCGCUCUGGAGGAUAUGGUCCAGGAUUUCUCAGACAUACAGACUGACUGCAUGAAGGAGCUAUUAAGCCAGCUGCAUUUUGAAGUGAUGACAGAAUAUGUGAAGAGAAUGUUUAAGGUGAAACUGAAACUAAAAGACAAGGACGACCAAGAGGCAGCUGCAGGCUUUCUGUGUGAGGACAGCUUGAGAAUAAACUCGCUGUUCAUCAGAAUCGGAUCUGAAGAUAAAUGGCUUUCCAGUAUUUUACCUAAAAUAUCAGAAGUGGUGAGGCUGCAGGACUCAGGAGCACUUCAACUUGAGAUUGUUACACUGGCUCAAAUCUACCCUGACAUCAGCGAAUGCCAAGUCGUUGCACUCUUGGACCUGAAGGCAAACCUCUCCAAAGCAGAAGUGCGUAACAUCAAAAAGAGCCUGAAUGAAAACAGGAAUUUACUGAAUACUGAGUCUACAGCAGCUUUUUUCUGCAAAGUGCCUGUAAAAAAGAACUUACGGACUGUGUUUUAAUAAAUAAAUAAAUAACUGUGCAGUAUUAUUAUGUUGGCUUUGUAGAAGCCCACAUUCUGUUUUCCUAUUUAAGCUUAGACAAAAAUUUAUAAAUAGUAAGCCUCCUCCUAAGGCUUUCGAGCCACAUGCAUCAAAUUCGGAUAUGUUGUAGAGCCUGGCCACUUUGUUGCUUUUACUUUUCUAAGUGAUCCGGGUUCUGGUACUUCCGGUACCGGGUCUCAAAGUGGCCUUUUUUCCGAUAGACUCCCAUUAUAAACUUUGGAGGUUUAUAACUCACCAAGCUUUUGAACUAUCUACACCAAACUCAGCCAGCUCCUUUAGGGUGAUACUCUGAACAAAGGUUUAAAUUGGUGUACCGACUGGCCUUUCGGUUGUCCCGCAGCCCCGCCCCCAAAAUAUGCAAAAUCAAAAAACUUUUUACAACAUGGACAUGUGACAUAUCAAAACACUCAGAACAAUGAGGGGAACUUCCUCAUGGGUAUUCUGAUGACGGCACUCAACACCACGUGACGUCACGUGCAGCCCCGCCCCCAAAAUAAGUGAAUUCAAAAAUUAGCACAACAUGGACAUGUCAUAUAUCAAAACACUCAGCUCAAUGAGGGGAAGUGCCUCACGUAUAUUCUGGUCACGUCACGUGACGUCACAUGAUGUCACGUGACGUCACAUGAUGUCACGUGACGUCACAUGAUGUCACGUGAAAAUCUAAAUUUAGCACAAAAUGGACAUGUGACAUACAGUAUCAAAACACUCAGCACAAUGAGGGGAACUGCCUCACGUGUAUUAUGGUCACGUCACGUGACAUCAUGUGAAAAUCAAAAAUUAGCACAACAUGGACAUGUGACAUAUCAAAACACUCAGCACAAUGAGGGGAACUGCCUCACGUGUAUUCUGGUCACGUCACGUAAUGUCACGUGAAAAUCUAAAUUUAGCACAACAUGGACAUGUGACAUAUCAAAACCCUCAGCCCAAUGAGGGGAAGUGCCUCACAUGUAUUCUGGUCACGUCACAUGACGUCACGUGAUGUCACGUGAAAAUCUAAAUUUAGCACAAAAUGGACAUGUAACAUAUCAAAACACUCAGCACAAUGAGGGGAACUGCCUCACGUGUAUCAUGGUCACAUCACGUGAUGUCACAUGACGUCACGUGAAAAUAUAAAAUUAGCACAACAUGGACAUAUGACAUAUCAAAACGCUCAGCCCAAUGAGGGGAAGUGCCUCACGUGUAUUCUGGUCACGUCACAUGAUGUCACGUGAAAAUCAAUAAUUAGCACAACAUGGACAUGUGACAUAUCAAAACACUCAGCACAAUCUUCCUCAAGAGUAUUUGGAUGAUGUCACAUGCCCGUCUCCACUUGCCUCCAAAUGUUUUGGCACCCUAUCUUUCUGUCCACUCGCCUCCAAAAAGCACCGGCAUUUGCAAAUACUUGCAACGUCAAAGCCAACAUCAAAGUUCGUUGCGACAAAUCUAGUUGCAUUUUAUCAUCUAUUAAACCUUAAUGCUUCUAAAUACAUUCUGGUUAAUUUUACAUGCCUUUGUGUAUAAGUAUUCUACAAAGUAUAGUACAUAAGCUAAUGUUGCACAUUUUGCUCUCAGUCUUGGGGGAAUAUCGAUAAUAUGCUUUUUUUUUAUUGCUUUAUAAGUGUUUUGAUGAAUAAGAAAAUGAUGUAAGUCAUAUAUUCUUUGUGGAUGUACAGUAUUGUAAUGUAUUGUGUAAUGUGAGUAAUGUAUUGUGUAAUAAAUCAUACAUCUCUUUACA